CUGUCGGACAUUAAUGACGCACACCUCUCACGUCUGAUCACAUGACUGUAAAGCAAGCAAACCUUUACAUGAUUUUAUUUGAUUCGCUCUGCUUUAUGUUUGAUUGUAGCGCAUUGACUUUAAAUUAACAUAUAAGAUGUUGUUAGUUUUAUCAGACGAACAGAAGCAGCAUUUGUGUUUUUUAUCGGAAGCGGAUAAUGCUGUUGUUGGUGAGUUUGGCAGAAUUGCUCUGGAGUUUCUGAAAAAGGGCUCAAACCCCAAAAUAUAUGAAGGAGCUGCACGUAAGCUGAAUGUAUCAUCAGAUACUGUACAGCAUGCUGUGGAGGGAUUGAUGUAUCUCCUCACCGAGAGCUCAAAACUGAUGAUAUCUGAGGUGGAUUUUCAGGACUCUGUGAUGGUGUUAGGAUUCAGUGAAGAGCUCAAUAAACUUCUCCUUCAGCUCUAUGUGGAGAACAGGAAAGAGAUUCGACAGAUCCUCUGUAAUCUCAGCCCAAAUCUCCCACAUUAUCACAAUCUGGAGUGGCGGCUGGAUGUUCAGUUGGCCAGCAGGGCUCUUCGGCAUCAGGUGAAGCCCACAGUGACCCUAAAGCUUCAUCUGGAGGAGGGUGGGAUGCGUCGGGCACAGGUGCUGCAGACGGAUCCGGCCACGCUACACCAUCUGAUUCAGGAGAUGGAGCGAGCGCUCACUGAGCUCAAGAGCAACCACUGCCGUCGCAUCCUCCGCAACAUCAAAUAAUAAGAUCCCCAUCACAGAGAUCAGCGCUGAAAAACACUGAGAAAAUAAAACUGGUGUUUACACACUCACACAACUUUUUUCUUUUUUUGAUGUGACAUUUGAUUUUAUGGCAUCUACUGUCAUGUUUAGCUGUACAGAUCUCUGUGAUGUCAAAAUGAUACUGUUGCAAUAAUGGAUGAUUUGGGCUUGUUUUGUGUGAAGAAUGUUGUUUUAUUUGUGCCUUUGUUUGUAUUCAGUACAUGUGUGUGUGUACAUGUGUGUUCUAUGCUUAUGGACCAAUUUAUCAUCAUAUUAAUCAUUUUGUCAUUACUUUGUGUAGUUUACCAUUGAGAUAUUUCACAUUGUACAGUGUGUUACAAUGGGCUAGUAUGAGCAUAAGUACAAAAUUCGCCAAAAUCUUUCAUAUUAAAGAGGCUGGAGAUAUGUUGAUAUGUUCAGUGUGAGAAUAUAACCAUGAUAUUCAUGAAACUGCAUUAACACUUAAGCUCAUGAAAUGUACUUUGUGCUUUUUGUUGUUUUUCACUUCAUGUAAAAUUAUCAAUAUUUUUCAAACUUCAUUUAUGCUUUUAUAAAUAAAUGCAUUAACUUGUGUA